AUGGCUCGAGGCGCAGCGCCAGUCGAGCAGUCAGACUUCGAAAAACAGCGACUUGCAAACAUUGCAGAAAGAGAUGCGCUCCUCAAGAAGUUGACCCAGGAAGCGCAACAAGCAGGCCUCUAUUCCAAACCGCCAUCUGCAGGCACGCAAAAUGGACAGAAGAGAUCGGCGAGACGAAAAGAGCCUUCUGCGAAGAGGGUCAAGAAAGAGGUUGAAGUCGCUCCGCGCCGCACAUCCUCCAGAUUAGCAGGGAUCCAGCCGGACAGUGAGGCGGCCAAACAAAAGGCGGAAGAAGAGUACGAGAAGGCCAAGGAGGUUGAAAAGCAAAAGAGGCAAAGAGUCACAGGAGACCUGAACUUUGCAGAUGGAUCAAGCUUGAUCGGGACGGACGUGCUGCUCAAGGGGGUCGCAAGACCAUACGAGCGGACGUUUGACGAGGACGAUAUCCGGGAAACGACCGACAAAGACCUGAAGACGCUGCGACAGAAGAUGAGUUCAUUAGAACUGUGGAAUGCGUGGGAGCCUAACCGGAUCAAAAUCACUCCGGAACGGAUAUACAGCAUGUCUUUCCACCCUAACCCGACAAAACCGAUCGUGUUCGCAGGCGAUAAGAUGGGCAACCUCGGGAUUGUGGACGCCUCACAGACUCGCAAGGCCGUAAAGCAGGAAGAAGACGAAGACGAGGAUGACGACGAUCAAGAUCCCGAAAUCACAACCAUCAAACCUCACACCCGCACCAUCUCAGCCAUGCACACGCACCCGUCGAAACCGGAAACGCUGUACACGGCCUCGUACGACUCGUCGAUCCGCGCCACCGACCUGCAAAAGGGCGUUGCGGUGGAAAUCUACGGCCCCGGCAAUAAAGAAGAAGACGAGCCCGUGUCUGGCGUCGACAUAGCCGCAUCGGAUCCGAACGUCGUCUAUUUCACCACUCUCAAUGGCGCGUUUGGGAGAUACGAUCUCCGACAAGAUCCGUCACAGGCCGAUCUGUACCAAUUGUCUGACAAGAAGAUCGGCGGCUUCUCCUUGAACCCUGUCGCGCCGCAUUAUGUCGCCACGGCCUCGCUCGACCGCUUCAUGCGCCUGUGGGAUCUGCGAAAGAUCACUCAGAAGCUGCCGACCUUGGUGGGCGAGCACGAGUCGAGGCUGAGCGUGAGCCACGCGGCGUUCAAUACGGCUGGACAGGUCGCCACGACGAGCUACGACGACACGAUAAAGGUCCAUUCGUUUGGAGCCAAGAACAACAAGACUCCCUUUGCGGCUCUGGAGAGCAUGAACCUGUGGAAACCCGGGUUUCAGCUCGACGAGGCUGCCAUGAAGCCUGAGGUGAUCAUCAGACACAACAACCAGACCGGUCGAUGGACGACGAUCCUCAAGCCUCAAUGGCAAAUGUAUCCCGAAGACAACAUCCAGAAACUAGUCGUGGGUAACAUGAACCGCUUCGUCGACAUCUACAGCGCAGACGGGACCCAACUAGCCCAACUCGGCGGCGAAGGUGUCACAGCCGUCCCGGCCGUCGCUGUGUUCCAUCCCACGAGGGACUGGGUGGUUGGCGGGACAGCGUCUGGGAAAAUGUGUUUAUGGAUGUAA